AUGAAUGUGUGGAAAUCUCACCCCUGUCUUGACUUCAAUUAUGAUACAUUUUCAUCAAUAUUAGAGUCAGAUCAUGAUGGAACGAUGAUUGAUUUCACUGACUUUAUCAACCAAGUUUUAAUACGCCGCAAUAACUUUAAGAUUGCUAAGCUUUCCUUCCAUUGUCGUUACGAAAUUCGGCAUAGUACAGUAGAAUCUUUGAUAUAUUAUGCAAUUAAACAUAAUGUGGAAGACAUUUAUAUAAAUGCUUCUUGUGAUAGCCUAAUUGUGUUGCCUCGCUGUUUCUUUAAUUGCGAAUCACUUAGAAGUCUAAAAUUCUAUGUUCAUGACUACGGCUUAGCUUUGCCAGAAUCGUUGGGGUUGCCGUCUUUGAAGACAUUGCAUCUCGGUGGGGUUAGAAAUUGUGAUGGGAAGAUUUUCACUAGUUGCCCGAAUCUUGAAGAUCUGAUGAUUAAAGAUAUAUGCCUUGCAUUAAUGGGUCAAUGCAAGGUUAUAAUUUAUGCUCCUAAGCUUACCAAUUUCAAGUUUGAUGGGAAAGAUCCUUUAGUGUGGUCUGAGGUGAAUCUUAGCUCUUUAGAUGAUGUAAAUGUAGACUUGCAGAAAGACCUUGAUCUUUAUUUUGUAGAUGACGAUGAAUUCGAGCAGGAGCGUAAUUUGAAAAUUCUCAAUCUCAUCAAGAUGCUAAAUGAAUUCCACAAUACAAGAUCUUUGACGUUAUCCAUGAAUACCAUUGAGGCUCUUUCCAAGGUUCCUGCUGCUCUAAAUGAACAUACUUCUCCAUUUACUAAUUUGAAGUAUCUAAAGUUGGAAACUGAUGGCAAGGAGGUUGCUGUACCUGCCAAUAUCUUGAAUUACUUUCUUCAGAGCUAUUCUUUGCUGAAAGCACAAACCCACGCAGUUGUGAAGUUAAAUGAUAUGGAGGCAGUUAUCCAUUACCCUUGGCAUGUGGAUGCCUUUCAAGUUCUUACAAGCCCUUUGGGGUUAAGUUUCCAACAAAGAACCUUUGCUGCUCCUAACACAUUGGUGAGAGAGAUGGCAAGGAGGCAGCUGUUGUUGCUGUUAAAACCUUUUGAUGUGUACCCAGUUGGCCAAUCAAACGGUGACUCACUCAGCAUCGACUUCAGGAUUGUGUUGACUCAAGAGUGGAGAAUGAGAAAAUUGCAGGUGAAUGCCCUUGUGUCAAGUAGCAUGUUGCGCAGGUCAUUGUUCUCUAAUGGUGCUAUAGAUGUUUUAGCACGUUUAUAUCAGUCACAAGAUUUCCAAAUGACGCUCAAUCUGAACGUUUUGACGAUAAAAAGAGAGCAUGUGAAAAGACCUCGAAAUGGUUUUGACAUUUUAGCUCAGGAGGGAGAACUCAUAAAUAUUCUUUAUGUUUCGAUUUGA